GUUCAUAUUGAUAUAUUCAUAAUAAGCAACAGUCGGUGUUUUAGUCCAGGUUGUUCGUAGAUUUUUAGGCACCUUUUCCAGGUGUUUCGGGUUUCAGGUAAGCCUGACGUCGUCCCAGAUUUCCCUGCCCUGUCCCAGGAUAUCUCCGACUUCUCCCAACGACACUUUUCAAGGAAGUCCUGCCCCCCGACGUUGCCUAUUGGAUCAAAAGAGAAACAGACCGCGCACAUUCCAGUUUGACUGGUUCAACAGGUUGUCAAUCACAGCGCGAUCAGCGUUUGCGGUUAUGCGUCAGGUGAAACUCGCUCUGUGAGGAAAAGGGGGGAAAUAAGACUCACCUCGCCUGAACUUUGUGGGAAAGUUGUUGUACCAUUUAUGAACUUGUUCACUAAAGACGUUUUUUAACAUAAGGACCCAACACGUUACAAGAUGAAGAGUCUGAAGUACCGGUUGAAAAAGCACGAAGUUACCAUCACAAACACAGAUUGGAACAAGUAUGAUGAUCGGCUGAUGAAGGCAGUGGAACGUGGCGAAGUGGACAAGGUUGCAGCUGUUCUCAGCAAGAAGGGUGUCAUCCCUACUAAGCUUGAUGUGGAAGGCCGUUCUGCGUUUCAUUUGGCUGCAACACGAGGACACCUAGACUGUCUCAAUCUCCUCCUGGGGCACAAUGUUGAUGUCACUGCGGCUGAUGCCACUGGUAAAAAUGCUCUUCACCUGGCCUCAAGAAAUGGACAUUUUCUGUGCGUGCAGAAACUCUUGCAGCACAACUGUCCAGUUGGAAAUGUGGACCUGCAAGGAAGAACAGCUCUACAUGAUGCUAUCAUGGCAGGCUGCCCCUCCAGUGUGAAGCUUCUCUGUGACAGCGGGGCUUCUGUGAAUGCCCCUGAUUUUGAUGGCAGGACACCUCUGGUGCUGGCAACCCAGAUGUGUCAUCCACAAAUCUGUCAGCAGCUGCUGGAGCAAGGGGCUGAUAUCACCGUUCGGGACAAACAAAACAAGACAGUGCUGAUUCUGGGCUGUGAGUUUGGCUGUAAGGAUGCAGUGGAGGUGUUGUUGAAAAGCGGCGCUGAUGUGAAGGCAGUUGAUGGCUUGGGUCACGAUGCAUUUCACUACGCUCGCCUCAGCAAGAACACCGAGCUGGCUGUGAUGAUCAGAAGUUACCUUGACAAAGCCACCAGAGAAGCUGCAAGGAUGGAACACUGGAAGCGACAGUAUUCAGUGGAGAGAUCAGAGGCAGCUGAGGCUAACAAAAGGGAUCAGCUCAUACAUGACCUGGAGAGGCAGAACGAGAACUUGCAGGAAAGUCUAAGGAAGUACCACCAGGAACAAAGAGCCCUGUUAGAUAAGGUCAACAUGCUACAGCAACAGCUCACACAGGUAAACGGUACAUCAUCACAGGGGUUAGAAGACACUCAAAAAGAGGAGCAGGUGAGGGUGUCACUUAGUGCCAAGGAAAGAGAGGAAGGGACACGAGGCCCAGAGACUGUCAAGGUCCAGUUCCGGAGUAUUUUGGGCGACUACUCUGGGCAGUCUGUAAUCAAAGGCAAAGAAAACAUUUUGGUCAAACAAGCUUACAGCCUCGAUUAUGACCAGAAUUCUGCUGUGUCCCGUUCACUGUCCAGACCUCCAGAGAAGAGUCAGCCAAAUGUAAUAUGGGAUGUUUCUGGUGAACUGGAUGCACUGCGACGUGAAGUUGAGACAGCCAAGAGAAGACAACAGGCAGCAGAAGAGGAGACAGCACGGCUUCAGUCUGCCCUGAGCCGUAAAAACCGAGAGUGCCAAGAACUGGCUCAGAGUAAAGACACCAUGCAGAAACAGGCUGACCGGCAGGUUCAGACUCUUGAGGAUGCCUUGGGGGAUGUCCAGAAGAGGAUGCUGGACUCUGAGUGUAAGGUCAAACAGCUGCAAGCCCAUGUAGUCGCUGUUAAGGAGCACAUAGGAGGACAGGCAACAGAAGAACUGCGUGCCCAGCUCCAGGAUAUCAAGGCCAAGUAUGAAGGUGCUUCAGCUGAAGUGGGUCGUGUUCGUAACCGGCUCAAACAGAGUGAGAAGGCCUUGGAGGAGUACAAGUCCAGUGAAAGCCAGCUUGCAGCAGAGGCCGAAAAGAUGAACCAAGAGCUGCGAAGUCUGACAACAGAACGAGAUGAACUUGCAGAAACCCUUUUAGAAAUGCAGACACAGUUGAAAGAGGCCCAGACUAAGCAUAUCAACACAGUACCAGCUGAGAAGUUUGAUAACAUGAAAAACCUGCUGACCAAUGCUGUUGACGAGAAGGAACGACAGCUUGCUGAGCUGAGGGAAGACUAUGAUCGUGUGCUGGAGGAGGUGGCAGAACUCCAUCGAAAGCUGGACAGUCCGUCAUCCCAAGGAGGAUCAGGGGCGGUGUCUGCUGAGGAGCAGCAAAGGGUACGGGCAGCUCUUGAAGAGCAAAAUGCUUCGCUCAAAAGGAAACUUGUGGAUGUGACUUCCAAAAGCCAGGCUCUGAUUCAUGAGGUUGAGCGGGGUGAGGAGGAAAGAGAUAUACUGCGAGAGCAGCUGGAUGAGCUCAACAGCAGGAUUGAAAUUGACUUUAUACCCAUAAAGGACCACAAGGAGGCACAGAAGAACAUGGUAACGGCUUUGGAGGAGCUGGAGGACAAACUAGUGGAAGCCAGUGAACAUAAUGGAAAAGCAGAGGCACAAGUCCAGCAGCUUCAAACCGAGAAAGCCAAGCUGCAGGAGAGUAUAAGCAGUCUCCAAAGUGCCAGCGAGAGACACGAGCACGAAACGGAUGCUCUGAGGUCUCAGAACGUCAACCUGAUGAAGAAGCUUGAGCUACUGCAGAAGAGAGGUGAAGACAGAGAUAAAGAAUUUGUACAACUGACCACAGAGAACCAGACACUGAAACAGAGCUUGGAUGGAGAGUAUGUUCCUAGACAGCAGCACGAGCAAGUGAAGAUGGAAUUAAGUUCCACCUUAGAGAGUGUUAAAGCUGAGAUGUUGAAGUUGAAGACCAAGGAAGAGGAAAGUGGAGAAGAACUGAAGAAUGUGAAAGAAGGAAAUGUUAAGUUGAAAGAAGAACUGGAAAAAGUUCUGUUGGAGAAGAAAAAUGACUAUGUAAGCAUAAAAGACCACAAAGCUUUCAUAGACAAACUGAAUGCUGUUGUGCAUGAGGCAGAGAACAGAGCUAAAGAAAUGUCAGCAAUGUAUACGUUGGCCCAGGAGGAAACAGUAAAGCUUACUCAAGAGUUACAGGCCCAGAAGCAAGAACUUGAUACUAUACAGGACGCUAUUCAGUCCAAGUUUAUCCCCCUGACAGCGGCUGAGGAGAAGGAACACACUCACAGCGCCCAGGUAAAGGAGUUGACAAUGAAGAUGCUGGAAAUGGAAGAUAAGUAUAACAAAGAGAAAUCUGCCAGUGAAAGCAUUAAACAGGAGAGAGAGAAACUACAACUCAAGAUUGAAUCUGUUCAACAGAGAUUGAGCACCACACUGGUUACCAGUGAAAAGCACAAGGAAGUGGAGAAAGAGCUUAAGGCUCGUGUUGAGGAACUGACUCAGGAGUCGGUCAACUUAGAGCAGCAGAACAAAGAGAUUACACUUCAGAAAGCUGAACUUCAAGACCAGAACGCCCUCUGCAACACUCAGAUCCAAAAUCUGCAGGAGCGCCUGAAAUCAGAGCUGACUCGGAUAGCAACAUAUGACAUUGAGCUUCAAGCCCUCCAUGAUGCCAUGCAGCAAGCCCAGGCUGAUUGCAAGAAAGCAAGAGAGGCUCAGCAGGAGGAGGCCCAGAAGGUUUGUGCCCUGCAGAAGGAAAUUCAGGAAUGCAGCAGUGAUCAGGCCUCUCUGCUCCAGCAACACGUCAAGGAAAAAGAAGCCCUGGAGGCUGAAGUUGCAAAGCUUCAAAUGGCCCUCCAUGAAGAGGAGGAGAACAGUGCACAGAGGGCUGAAGAUGUAUCUGCCCUGCAGUCUGAGCUCCUUCAAGCCACACAGGCUCUUGAGGAAAUUCGCUGUAAGGAAGACCAAAUGAACCAGCUGAAGAAGGAGAAGCAGGAGCUGGAGGACAAGGUUGGCAACCUGAGCAAUAAGCUGCUGAGCUUAGCAGAAGAGUGUGAAGUGGCCCAUCAGGAGGCUGCACGAGCAAGGGAGGGUGAGAGUAAGGCCAGGACGGAGAUGGAAGCUGUCCAGGAGAAGGGGCACGCCAUUGAAAGAGAAAUUAGAGAGUUGAAAGGUAGAUAUGAUGAGUCACUCAGCACCAUCUGUGAUCUGCAGAGGAGGAUUCGGACGUCAGCGCAGCAAACUGAAGCCAAAGACAAGAAGAUCACAGAGUUGCUGACAGAUGUUGAGCGAUUGAAGCAGGCACUGAAUGGUCUGUCCCACCUGGCAUACAGUGCGCCCAGUAAGAGACAGACACAGCACAUCGACACACUUCAAGUCCAGAUAAAGGGCCUACAGCAGCAGCUGGCUGAUGCUGAGAGGCAGCACAGGGAGGUGGUUUCGAUUUACCGAACUCAUCUUCUCAGUGCAGCACAGGGCCACAUGGAUGAGGACGUCCAGGCCGCCUUACUACAAAUCAUCCGCAUGAGACAGGAGUUUGUGUGUUAAAGGUUUCUCUGAUGAAACACGAUGUUACCUGCUGACUCAGAUUCACCUUUUGCCAAGUGUCUCUGCUGUGUGGCCCCUGUGGGUGCUCAGUGUGGUGGUUGCAUGUCUGGUGUUCGGCAGAGUUUGUCAAAACAGUCUGUUUUGAAAUCCAUUUUGUUCUAAUAUGGUGGCACUUUGGUUCUCAAGCAUCUGAAUCUCAGUGUUGUGGGUACAGUUGAACAACUUGGUUUUAGGUACGAAUGUGUUCUUUCAUCUUCACUAGAAACAAAGCAAAUUAAAAGUUAAUUUACAUAAACAUACUAUUCUGUCAAUUCAGACAAGGUCCAGCAUCAAACUACCCAGUGAAACCAGUCGACCUAUCAUUUUCUUUAUUCAGUUCCUGGUAAAGUAUAUGAAAAUGUGAUUUAAUACAUUUCUGUCAAAUCUGUUGCAAAUGAUAAGGCAGAUGUCUGCAUUUUUUGUGGAUUUAACCGAUGAUAUUUAGUAAUUUGGAAGUUAUUUGAAUUGUGGGUCCCUUUCAUAGAUUAAUCACUCUUGAAAUGCUGAGAUCACUUUUCACAUUCCCACCUGACAGUCAGCUCUCAUACACUGUUUUCGUUCUGUUAUAGCACAUUUGAAGGGUGUUCACACACUUGUUGAAGUUGACAUUAAUAGAAUACUCAGAUGACCAUAUGUACUUUGAAGGAUUUACACUAUGAUCAGAUUAACAGUUCUUUACAAUCAAUUCUUGUUCUUUUGAUAAAGGGAUAUAACCCAGUAAAUAAACAAGUUUUCAAACAUCCGGAAUCUCUGAUCUGCUCUAGAGGAAUUUAGUUUAGGCAGUAGAGACACAGCUAAGCUUUUUUCACAAUGACAUUUGUGUUUUCAUUGUGGGGGAAAAAACUUUCAUUUUAGUCUGAAAUUCCCUUUUGGUUUCCCAGCCAGUGAUUCCUUGCAUCAAAAUCGUUUCUAUGCUAAAUAAAUUAACUUAAGAAGAUACUUUUAACUAGCUCUGGUUGCUAAAGCCUCAUAUUGGCUUUUAUUAACCUUGGAGCUCAUUUUUUGUCUGUGCAUUUUGUCACCCAUCUUUUAUACUGGAAUAGCAUUAAAAGGGAAUCUCUUCACAGCCAGGACAGACAGGACUUUACAUAUGGGCAUGUGAGUAUAGUGUUAACACAGAGUUGACAGAGGGUUAACCUAUCCUUUACCUUUGUUCAUGUCAGAAUGUAACUGGAGUGUUAAUUCAGUUACUUUCUUGAAACAUUUGAGCCAGACAUUACUCAUUUUGUGGCACAGUUAUCUUCUGGAGGUCCAAACUAGCACACCUGUUUUCAGAAUAAUCCAACAACCUGAAGUUCAUCCACAUCUAAAAGCCACUUGCCAGUUUGGUAGUGGGUAGACAGUUUGUGGUAGACUUAGUAGAGCUCUCAGUUGUCUCUCACACAGUCUAUUUACAUGGGUCUGUGCAUUGGUUAUACUGGAUUUGAGGUGUGGAGUGGAGAGCUGUUGCUGUGUCCUACAGUUUGCAGUGGCACAUUGUCCUUUUGUUGAAGCCAGAGUGUCCUCUAGUGGUGAGACUUGGCAGGCCAAGUUGAUAGAAAAUG